AUGCCACCGAGCAAUCAACCCUCCUCUAGUCCCGACACUUUCCUCUGGCACGCUGCCCGCUGGAAGCUAUUCGAGGAGUAUUUUGAGGAGGGAGAGCUCUACCUCGACAAGCUUUUCAGAGUCUGUGAGCUCCGUACACGAGAAAUUCCCUACGAACGACUUUCAGAGAUGCCAGACUAUGUGGUGCCACGCAAACCAACCGUCUCUUCGGUCAUAGAUGCGGCACAAGAGAUUGACAUGGAUCUACUCCCCGAUUUUGACCCAGUGCGUCUCUCUGGAAACACUGGGGACCUGAGCGGCAAUACAACCUUCCCUUUCUUCUGGCAUGAGAGCUGCUGGGACCUCUUUAAAGAGCACUUUGAAGACGGAGAACUCGAUUUCUACAAGCUUUAUCAAGUCUGUGGGCUUUGA